GCGUUGAGAAAGAGGCGAGGUCAGAGGCUCGGAAGGUGGUCAGCCAUGAGCAGCGCGGAGGCGUCGGCGGCGAGGGGCGGCGAGGAGGAGCGGUGCCGGUACAAGGGCGUGCGGCGGCGGCGGUGGGGGAAGUGGGUGUCGGAGAUCCGGGUGCCCGGCACGCGGGAGCGCCUGUGGCUCGGCUCCUACGCCACGCCCGAGGCCGCCGCCGUCGCGCACGACACGGCCGUCUACUUCCUCCGCGGCGGCGCCCUCUCCGGCAACGGCGCCGCUGGGCUCAACUUCCCGGAGCGCGCGGCCGCCGCGUACGGCGCCGGCUCCGUGGCGCCCCUCUCGCCACGGUCCGUGCAGAGCGUGGCGUCCGACGCCGGCAUGGCCGCCGACGCGCAGCUCGUGGCGGCGCGGGACGGCGCGCCCGGGCAGCACUACGCGGAGGCGCGCGCCGGCGCAGGCGCCGCGCAGGGCGGCGCGAACGCGCGGCACGCGGAGUUCCAGCACGACGGCGCGUAUGCGUACACGUAUACCGGGGACGGCGGGGACACCACUGGCGGCGGUGGUGGCAGUAGGGAGCAGCUUGUCACCGGCGAGCUCAGCGUCGACGACAUGGAGAUAUUGAUGUAAAAUUGAGUAUACAUCACACCGGUACGUAGAAUUAGCUGAUGGAAUAAAGAUCGAACACCGGUCGCAGUUGGCAAGGUUGAGCCAUUUGAAAUUCGAAAAAUACUUCCGUUGAGUGGCGACCUGUUGACAUUUGAAAUUGGCGGGACACGUAGCCACCGCAUAUGCUGCGGUGAGUGGCGACAGUGCUCGAUCGUAUGCAUGGCCACCGGCACGUAGGCGAGGCCCCGCUUGGGUGAUCUGAUGAAUGGCGCUGCGGCCUGCGGGCAGGCCUAGGUUGACCAGCAGCCCUUUUCGCCUGCCUGCCACUGCCGAGGGAGGAUGGGUCAGAGCACAGAGCAUGCUUAGUUUGAUGUCAAAAUUUCCCUUUGCUAAUGUUUGGUCAAAGCUAAAAAGUUAGCUAUUACUCCCUCCAUAAAGAAAUAUAAGAGAUCUAAACGUUCUUAUAUUUCUUUAGGGAGGGAGUACUUCAUGUCAAUGUUUUUCUUUUUUGUUUGGAAGUUUGGCAAUUGCCAAAUGUUAUCUUGUUAGUGCUGGAAUUUUGUCUAUUUUGAGCCUAGCCCAAUAGCAGUUUCAAAAAUUCCUAAUAAAUUUUAGAAGCCCACGCAGCCCAUUCGUGCAAGGCAAGAGGUGGAACAAAAGUUUAGUCCCACAUUGCUAGUUUAGAGGGAGUUGGACCUCUUUAUAAGGGAGGUUCUUUCUCCACAUGUAUGAGCAUGAGAACAAGAUGGACAUCCACGCGCGCUCCUCCUU